AUGAAGUUACCUCAAGCAAUCCUCUUCCUCCUCGCGUUCGUCACGACGAUCCACGCCCUCGCGCUCCCCGCCUCGCUCGAACCCAUCUCCGAAGCCGCGAAAGAGCUAUUCAAACGCAAAGGCGGUGGAGGCGGAGGAGGUAGAGGAGGAAGUUCAUCCAGUUCAUCAUCAAGCGGAGGCCGUUCGGGUUCCUCAUCCUCAUCCUCCAGCUCCAGCAGUUCCUCCGGCCGAACAAGCACAAGCUCCAACGAAGGAGGCUCAACAUCCCGCGGCAGCGGAACAACCCCAGCCUUCAGCGGAGCAGGCGGAACCCGCUACUAUGGCGGAGGCGCCUCGGUGCCCUACAAAUCCGGCACCACACGCAGCAGUUUCGGCGCAGCGCCAUAUCUCGUAGGAGGCACUGUCCUCGGAAUCGGAGCUUUGGGCUUGUACGGCGCAUACGUCUACGCAUAUCCACAUUACUGGAAUUACUACAACCGCACAUCCAGCAAGAACGAAAGCCAUCCUGCGAAUUGCUAUUGCGCAAGAUAUACGGUUUGCGGCUGCGACGACAAUAAUUCCACCGAGUACCAGAAUUCUGUCGCGAAUAAUGCGAGCUUGGCGAGACUUGCGGAUAAUGGAACUCUUUAUGUUAACGGGUCGUUGCCGAAUGGUACUACUGCUGCUGGAGGUUCUGAUUCCGGCGCGGCGGGACUCUCGUUGAAGCAAAGUAUGGGGUUUUGGCCAGUUGUCGCUGGGGUCGGGUAUGCUGUUUGGUUUAUGUGA